AUGGAUGUUGUCAAUGCGAGUACAAUUGCUGUAGCUGAUGAUCAAAUGAAUGUUUUCGCUUAUAAUCUUUAUGAUCAACAAUUGUCUACAACAUUGAAUUUACGAAAAAUGUUUCCUGAUUAUCCAUGCAUGUCAGAACAGAUAGCAAGUAAUUUACGAGCUAAUGAUCAGUACGCCUAUGUGACGAGUUCAACCAAUAUUGAACCGUUUGAUCAACAAUAUUUAUUUCGUAUUCAUUUCAAUGAUACGAUGAAAGGUGUUGAUUUACUUCCAUUCGCGGAUGAAAAUUAUGGUUUAACAGAAUUAGUCACAUUCGUAGACACUGUUUACCCAUUUGAGCGGUUAUAUGAGGCUGAAGACUAUUUCAACAAGUAA